UGCGCGUCAGCUCCCAUUGGCUGCCGGAUAAUCGGUCAACAAGAGUGCACAGGACAAACAUGUUUACGGCUACUUACAGGCACAACUAGUUGUUCGCUUUAUUUUAUUUUGCCGUCGCUCGGUUCGGUUCGAGGCGGCCGUCGACAAUGUUUCUGUGCCGCACGGGCCGGCUGUCCGGAGCCGCUCUGGAUCAGGCUCUCAAGUCCACGGGCUCGUUUCUAGUGCAGGUCCGAGCCACCAGACUGGGGGACGUCACUUUGACAUUACGCAAUGGCUUCACGUCUCCGCGGUGCCGGUGUUUCUGCGCGUCCGUCGGGGGUGUCGAGGCAACUCUUGCGCAACUGGGGAAACGGCAACCGGACCGCCGCCGGCUACCUCUCGAGAACCGGGACCCGUCGUGUGCUUUGGACCGGCGACACUUGCACCGGUUGCCGACUGAACCUGCGAGUCACUCGGAGCGCGUGCAGAGUGGAGGCGGUGUCAUAGACAAUGUCGCGCAGCCGCUUGCGCGUGCAAACCACAGCGCGAGACGAGAGUCGGUGGCACACGUUUUGUUUACAGGUGACCGGCGGGGUUUCGGUCGGCUCCGCUUCGCCGGGACAAUGCAGACCAGAGCCGCGUCCACGAAGAAGAAGAGCGACGCCGCCGAGGAGCAGACGGCGAACAACAAAGGGGCCGAGCAGAAUUUAAAGGAGGCCUCUUCUACUUCCUCAUCUACAGCGACGGCCCCAGGGGAGCUGGAGGCAGAGGGAGGAAAACCAAACAAGACCCAGCAGUUAAAGAAAGUCUUCAAGGAAUAUGGAGCAGUGGGAGUUUCCUUCCACAUCGGGAUCUCCCUUAUGUCGCUGGGAAUGUUCUACCUCCUCAUAUCCAGACGGUGGCCGACAGUGGAAGGCCAGAGCAAGACGGGUUUGAGUCUCUGGCCGUCUGUGUGGCCGCAUGCCGGCAGAGAUCAUCUCAGCUCAGACAUUCCUUCCACACACAAGCUGAUGAUGACCUUUGAACUAGACUGACUGUGACCGCCAUUGAGGUGUGUGUGUGUGUGUGUAUCGAAGCGGCUCUACGCCUUGUGUUGACACUAUUUGCGUGUUUAUUUCCCCAAAUGGCUCUGAUGAAAACGCCCCGACUCCACAGAACGGCCUCACACAGCCGGUGAUACGUGGAGCUUGUUAAACCCUCGUUGACUGUGUGUGUUUUUUCUUAUGCUAAUGUAAUCAGUUUAAAUGUUUCAAAAGGCCACACAAUACAUUGUGACACACUCUUUUGUGAGCACAGCUCCCUCUGGUGGGGAUAAAGGUGACGCGCACUCCUAACUCCCUCGGCAGAACCAGAGCGAGGAUGGGACUCGAGGACUUCUGAAAUGCUGUCGGGUGAAAACAGACCGGAGCAAACGCUUAGAGAUAAAGAAGAGAAGGUGUUACUCCAGCGUGAGGCUUUGAUGCCUCGAUAUGGGGCUCUGCAGCAUCCCUAAAUGUAAAUGUUUAUUUGUUUGUUUUGGGUUUAUGGACUAGUAGUCCAGAAAAGGAUCCUGUACCUUUUUUUUAUUGUUGAGUUUCAUGAGUGUAUGGCUAAUGUUGCUGAAAGUCAAAAUGUAGUUUUAUUAUCGUUGUUUAUAGUCAAGGUUGUAUUUGUUUUAGUUUUCUAUUGGCUUAUUAAUUGUCAUUUAAUGUUGGUUUUGUUUCUUAACUUAAUUUAGUCUUAAUUUCCUAUUAUUAUUUUUAAAUAGUUUGUUUUCCCAUCCUGCCUCAGGUUGAAAGUCAUGAUUAUUUUAAAUGACUUUAAGGGAAUGGGCUGAGGUCAACAUAACGUGUAUACACACACACACACACACACACGUGUGAUCAUUUAGAGUUGUGAUUGUCUGACAUGGGUAUUCUAUGUGCUUCUCACCUCCUGUCCCCGUCGUCUCUCCCCAGUGGCGUCGACAUGGCGGCCGUCCUGUGCAAAGUGGGCUUCAGCGAGGCGGUCGUUCGGUCCAAAAUGGCGGCGGGAACCAGCACGUUCGUC